AUGAAGCUGAGAGGAUCAAUGGGUUGGAUCUCUGAGUUUAAGACAGAAUCAAAACCAAUGUUUCGUGGAGUUUUGUUUCUCUUGGCAUUUCUGGUCUGGACUUCAGAAAGUUUGAACAGCGACGGUCACUUCCUCUUGGAGCUGAAAAACAGAGGAUUUCAAGAUUCGUUGAACCGUUUACACAACUGGAACGACAUUGACGAGACGCCGUGUAAUUGGAUAGGUGUGAAUUGCACCUCUCUGGUGGUGACAUCUCUUGAUCUGAGCUCUAAGAAUCUCUCCGGGAUCCUAACCCCGAGCAUUAGCGGUUUAGCUAACCUGGUCCACCUUAACCUCGCGUACAACGAGCUAACCGGAGAUAUCCCACGGGAGAUCGGGAACUGUACGAAGCUGGAAGUUAUGUUUUUGAACAACAACCAGCUCGGCGGUUCGAUCCCGGUCGAGAUCGGGAAGUUAACGAAUCUGAGAAGCUUCAACAUUUGCAAUAACAAGCUCUCAGGUCCUAUACCGGAAGAGAUCGGCGAUUUACACAAUCUUGAAGAGCUUGUGGCUUAUACCAACAACUUAACCGGUGCAGUGCCUCGUUCUUUAGGAAACCUCGUCAAGCUAACAUCGUUUCGAGCUGGUCAAAACGACUUCACCGGGACUAUACCUUCGGAAAUCGGCAGAUGCCUUAACCUGACGUUGCUCGGUCUUGCGCAGAAUCUCAUCUCCGGUGAGCUUCCUAAGGAGAUUGGUAUGCUUGUUAAACUUAAAGAGGUGAUUCUUUGGCAGAACAAGUUUUCCGGUUCAAUACCGAAAGAGAUUGGGAAUUUGACUAGGCUUGAGAUUCUUGCUCUGUACGCUAACUCGUUGGUCGGACCGAUACCGUCGGAGAUUGGUAACAUGAAGUCGUUGAAGAAGCUUUAUCUGUACCAGAACCAGUUGAAUGGGACUAUCCCAAGGGAGCUUGGAAACCUUUCGAGAGCGAUGGAGAUCGAUUUCUCGGAGAAUAUGUUGACCGGUGAGAUUCCGGUUGAGCUCAGCAAGAUCAGUGAGCUGAAGCUACUGUAUUUGUUUCAGAACAAGUUAACCGGAAUCAUACCGUACGAGCUGAGUGAGUUGAAGAAUCUUGUGAAACUCGAUCUCUCGAUCAAUUCCUUAACCGGUCCUAUACCGUCCGGUUUCCAGAACCUUACUUUCAUGCGUCAGCUUCAGCUUUUUCACAACUCCCUCAGCGGUGUGAUCCCUCAGGAUCUCGGUUUGCACAGUCCUCUCUGGGUGGUUGAUUUCUCAGAGAACCAACUCUCAGGGAAAAUACCGGCUUCAAUCUGUCACCAAUCGAAUCUCAUUCUGUUAAAUCUCGGGUCGAACCGGAUAUUCGGUAACAUCCCACCAGGUGUGUUAACCUGCAGAUCUCUCUUACAGCUUCGAGUAGUCGGAAACCGCCUCACCGGCCGGUUCCCGACCGAGCUAUGCAAGCUGGUCAAUCUCUCAGCUAUAGAGCUAGACCAAAACCGGUUUAGCGGACCGUUACCUCCAGAGAUCGGCACUUGCCAGAAGCUCCAAAGGCUUCACCUUGCAGCUAACCGGUUUUCCUCAAACCUACCCAAAGAAAUCGGCAAACUCUCCAAUUUAGUAACUUUCAACGUUUCCUCAAACUCUCUCACCGGACAAAUCCCUUCAGAGAUAGCCAACUGCAAAAUGCUUCAACGGCUUGACCUUAGCAAGAACAGCUUCAUCGGCUCGUUACCUUCCGAGCUCGGAAGCCUUCUUCAGCUAGAGAUCCUCAGACUCUCGGAGAACAGAUUCUCUAACAACAUCCCUUUCACCAUCGGAAACCUCACGCAUCUAACCGAGCUUCAGAUGGGAGGAAACUUGUUCUCCGGAACCAUACCUCCUCAGCUCGGUCUUCUCUCGAGCCUCCAAAUCGCGAUGAACCUCAGCUACAACGAAUUCACCGGCGACAUACCGUCCGAGCUCGGGAAUCUUUACCUCCUCAUGUACCUCUCUCUCAACAACAACCAUCUAACCGGCGAGAUCCCGCCAACGUUCGAGAACUUAUCGAGCCUCCUCGGCUGCAACUUCUCCUUCAACAACCUCACCGGACCUCUCCCGCACACACAGCUUUUCCAAAAUAUGACUCAAACCAGCUUCCUCGGAAACAGAGGACUCUGCGGCGGGCAUUUACGAAGCUGCGGCUCUAACCUAACUCCUUGGACUAAUCUCUCCUCUCUCAAAUCAGGCUCCGCUCGUCGUGGGAGGAUCAUCAUCAUCGUGUCUUCAGUCAUCGGCGGUAUCUCUCUUUUCCUCAUAGCCGUCGUCGUUCACUUCCUCAGAAACCCCUCCGCCGCGGCAACAACCGCUCCUUACGUGCACGACAAGGAACCCUUCUUCCAAGAAUCCGAUAUCUACUUCGUCCCGAAAGAACGCUUCACCGUGAAAGACAUUCUCGAAGCAACGAAAGGCUUCCACGAGAGCUACAUCGUCGGUAGAGGCGCCUGCGGAACUGUCUACAAAGCGGUUAUGCCGUCGGGGAAAACCAUCGCCGUUAAAAAGCUCGAAUCAAACAGAGACGGCAACAACAACAACACGACGGAUAACAGUUUCCGAGCUGAGAUCCUUACUCUCGGCAAGAUCCGUCACAGGAACAUCGUGAGGCUGUACAGUUUCUGUUACCACCAAGGAUCCAACUCGAACCUCUUGCUCUACGAGUACAUGUCACGUGGCAGCCUCGGCGAGCUUCUCCAUGGCGGGAAAUCGCACGGCGUGGACUGGCCGACCCGGUUCGCGAUCGCGCUCGGCGCGGCGGAAGGUCUUGCUUACCUGCAUCACGACUGUAAACCGAGGAUCAUCCACCGCGACAUCAAAUCGAAUAACAUUCUUCUCGACGAGAAUUUCGAAGCUCACGUCGGCGAUUUCGGGUUGGCGAAAGUGAUCGACAUGCCGCAGUCGAAAUCCGUCUCCGCCGUUGCUGGAUCUUACGGUUACAUCGCUCCCGAGUAUGCGUACACGAUGAAGGUGACGGAGAAAUGCGAUAUCUACAGCUUUGGAGUUGUGCUUCUCGAGUUGUUAACCGGGAAGGCUCCGGUUCAGCCGCUGGACCAAGGCGGAGAUUUAGCCACGUGGACGAGAAACCAUAUCAGAGAUCAUUCGCUGACGUCUGAGAUUCUCGAUCCUUAUCUGACGAAGGUAGAAGACGAUGUGAUUCUCAAUCAUAUGAUCACGGUGACGAAAAUUGCGGUUCUCUGUACGAAAUCGUCACCGUCGGAUCGACCGACGAUGAGGGAGGUAGUGCUGAUGCUGAUAGAGUCCGGAGAACGGGCCGGGAAAGUGAUUGUGUCCACCACGUGCGGUGAUUUACCUCCACCGGCGCCGCCGUGA